UUAAACUCCACAGGAGUUGAUGCUCAGACUGGAAACCUUCACAGUUUCAAACGUGUCCGUCAGCUGCUCUGAGCUGAACCUCCAGAUGGUGGACCUGGUGGUGUUUGGGACACAUGGGUGAAGCCAGGAAGCCCAGCCCAACUUAAUUGGAAUUUCAUUAAGGUUUUGUGUGUGUGUGUGUGUGCACAGAGUGGGUGUGGUUGUUUAUGAGUCUGUGUUUUUCUGAUGGCGAUAUUGAGGAAGGGGUGAUGAUGGAAGUUUGGGGGGGGGGGCCUCCACCUGCUGCCACCUGUUCGUCUGCUGCAUCUUAUAAAAGCUGCUCCUCGCUGUCUUCAGGACCACAGACACCUUGGAGUCUUCGAGUGUGGAGCUACAACCUCUGAAGCCUCUGCAGGAUCUGGACUUUCCUGACUCUUCCACUUUGAGAUCAUCUGAUCCAAAUCUCCAUGAAGUCUCGUCGGCCCAGCUGCAGCGACUCCGGAUCCGAGUCCUCUGAGCCUGACUCAAAGAGCCCGGAGAAGUACGAGACCGCCACCAGGAGAAGGAUGGCCGCCAAUGCCAGAGAGAGGAAGAGGAUGCAGGGUUUAAACACCGCCUUCGAUCGUCUACGGAAGGUGGUGCCGCAGUGGGGCCAAGACAAAAAGCUGUCCAAGUAUGAAACCCUGCAGAUGGCCCUCAGCUACAUCAUGGCCCUGAGCCGGAUCCUGACGGACCCCCGGAGGCACGCUGCGCCCCACAGGCAGUGGCUGGACCUGCAGCUGGAUGCUGUGCAGCCCGAAACCUUCUCCUGCCUCCUGAAGUACGACGAGCCUGCAGCUCAGGACUACUCUAACUUCUACCAGUUUGAGGGCCACCAGCUCAGCCUAUGAAGCUGCUGACCUCCAGACAUGUUGUUCGGUGUGAACGACAGCGUGAAAACUGACAGUAAAUACAUUUGUAUUGCUUUAUUUUUUUAAGAAUCAACAAUCAGAGUUUGUGACUCGAUUUGAAGUUUGAAGGAACAUUGAGUUUUGUUCUAAUUUUAGCAAAAGUAGAAGUUUAGGUUUGCUGGAGAAACCAGCAUUCAUUUGUUAUGGCCCAGAAAUGUUGUGCAAUGUUGAUCGGAUGGUGAAUCACUUAAUGCUCAAGUGCUCGUUUGUAGAGUUGUUUCUCAGACCUUUACUUUGUUAAAUAGAAGGCUUUCCUCCAAAAUAAAAUAUUUUAUUUAUGAAAAUCUUGUUUUCUGUUUUGCUUCAUGAGUUUAUUUUUUAAUAGUUGAUAACUUUAUUUUGAUUUUUUUCAAAUUGAGGAUUUGUUUUUCUUCGUAAGAGAAUCUUAUAAAAAAAAAAAAAAUCUGAUUAAAAUAAAUUAUAAAUAUAGACAAAAAUUGUGCUUUUUUGUCUCCCUGCUCCCUGAUAAAUAAAUCCUGCUUUUGUCUGGAGCUCCUGUGCUUUGAGAUAAGACUGUUAGACGUCAUCAGGAGAAUAAAACACCCAUUUAUUUAUAGGAGACGAUUUAUGACCAUUAAAGUUUCUAUUUAAAAGCUAAAAAUACACUUUAAACAAUUAAACAGUAAAAAGAGACAACUGAUUGACAUGACCCCUCCCCU